AUGGCUCAGCGAAAUGUGUGUUGCCAGUUCCAUUCUCUCAUGUGUUCAGAUUUUAAGAGUGAUCUGGGACGUGGAAUUUGCCGGCACUCAACCUUCAGAUACGUGGACAUGGGCCAAUUGCAGCCUGUCAAGAUGGUGCUCAGUGAGAUCAAACUCCUUCCACAUAAGAGCAUGUGGCAUAAACUGUGCUCGCUCUUUUCUUUUUACUCCUCAAUUUUUCUGCUAGAUAUCAUUUUGUCAGUAGGAAAUCUAUCUAAUUUAAUGCGAUUUAGAAAUGCUUCUUCCGGUCAUUUGGCUGAUUUUGUUGCUGAAAAUUCCAUUAGAGAUCCAUCGGAGAGGCAAUCCAUCGGAGAUCUCUCUCUGCAUCGCCGCCGGCGCCGUUGUUCUCGCCGCCGCCGCCUCCGAGAGUGCGUCGUUUCCCGUCUCCUCUCUUCUUCCCCCACCUACAGCUCUGCCAUCUUCCCACUCCGCCGUCUCCUCUCCGCCGCCGCGCCCCACAUUUCCCCAAAUCCCAGUGGCUUCGCCGUGGAAGAGUACCUCGUCGCCACCUGCGGUCUCACCCGGCCACAAGCCCUCAAGGCCUCCAAGAAGCUCUCCCACCUCAAAUCCCCCACCAAGCCCGACGCCGUCCUCACCUUCCUCGCCGGCCUUGGCCUCUCCGGCGCCGACGUCGCCGCCGUCGUCGGCAAAGAUCCGCUGUUACUCUGCACCAAAGUGGACCAAACACUGGCCCCUAAGGUCGUCGGGCUCACUGGCCUAGGUCUCUCGCGUCCUGACAUCGCCCGCCUCGUCUCCCUCACCCCGGACCGCUUCCGGCGUAGAGCCAUAGUCUCCAGGCUGCACUACUACCUGCUCCUCUUCGGCUCCUCCCACAACUUCCUCCGGCUGCUCAAGCGCUCAUCCCACCUUCUGUCGUCGGACCUCGAUAAGUUGGUCAAGCCCAAUGUUGCCUUCCUGAGGGAGUGCGGGCUAGGUGCUUGUGAUAUUGCCAAGCUGUGUAUCGCUGUGCCGAGGAUGCUGACCACCAACCCGGAGCGCGUCCGCGCAAUGGUGGCAUGUACUGAAAGACUAGGUGUGCCCCGUGGCUCUGGGAUGUUCAGGCGGGCACUGCAGGCUGUCGCAUUUCUCACUGAGGAGAAGAUCGUCGCCAAAGUGGACUACUUGAAGAAUACGUUCAGGUGGUCUGAUGCCCAAGUGAGCAUUGCUGUCUGUAAGGCGCCGAUGGUGCUGACCAUCUCAAAGGAAUCUCUGAAGCGCAGGUCCGAGUUCCUGUUAUCUGAGGUGAGGCUGGAACCUGCAUAUGUUGCUCAUCGGCCGAUAAGUGUUUGUCUUAGCCUGGAGGGUCGGGUCAGGCCCCGAUACUAUGUUGUAAAGUUUCUCAAGCAAAGUGGACUUCUAGACCGUUAG